CUGAAUUUUUAUUUCUCCCUUUUCUCAUCUUUGAGAAAGAGAAUUCUGAAAGAGAUUGCCAUUCAAGAGUCUUUGACUUUUUAAGCAACAAUUGCCAAUUUUGGUAUACUUCUGUUCAUCAACUGAAAUAAGUUAAAAAAAAAAAAAAAAAAAAAAAAAAAAAACUCAAGCUUUCAUCAUCCAUAAUGUCUUCUGAAAUCUAUGAGUUUGAUGGGUGUUUCUUCAAUGAUACAUAUUCAUCAUUCAACGAUCCUUCAUCCCCCAUUGACAUCAUGCAAGCUUUCCAAGAACACAAUUACAGUUAUACCCCUUUGACCAGCCAUGAAAAUCUUGAUGAAACUGACCAAAUCAUCCCCACCCUCCUCUCAAGCUCCCCACCAAGCAACCAGCUUGACAACCUCUCUCUCUACCAAAAGGGUAUUUCUGUAAAUUCAUCAAACCAUGUUCUUGACUUUUGCCCUUCUGAAGUCAAAAUAGAAAAAAGUCAACCACCUUUGUAUGACCAUUACUGCUUUGGUGAGUCUGAUAAUGCAUUCAAAAUGAUGCAGAGGAGCUACAGCAGCAAUUCUUUCCAACAUGGGAGAUCAAAUGGUGUUUUUUAUCAACCAAAAUUUAAUGGAUUGAUUGAUGCCCCAUAUCUUGAUUCCCGAGUCUUAACCUCAUCUGAUCAUAGCUUCUCCUCUAAUAUGAGAAGAGUUUGUAGCACUGGUGAUUUACAUAGUCAGAAGGUCAAAGAAACAAGUCAAAGGUUGUCUUCUAGUCCAUUAUCCACAGAGAGUUCAUUCAUGGAGGAAACAAAUUUUAAAGUGGGGCGUUACAAUGCAGAAGAGAGGAAAGAGAAGAUCAUGAAAUAUAGAGCAAAGAGGACACAAAGGAAUUUUAAUAAGACAAUUAAGUAUGCGUGUCGGAAGACCCUCGCUGACAACCGUCCACGAAUACGUGGUAGAUUUGCACGCAAUGAUGAGCCUGGAGAGCUUCCUAAGUCCACAACUUUUCAUCAAUACGGAGUUGACGAUGAACUUUGGAUGGAUGGUUUUCAUGAAGAAGAUGGUGAAAGAAUGACACAAUUUUUCAACACUUAUUCAUCUAUGGCUCAGUUUCAGCAGUUCAGCUUCAUUCAUAAUUGA